AUGAAGAGGCAGAGAAGUUUCUCUUUUAAACCCACUAGAUCCAUAGUAUUUUACUUCACCAUCUCUUCCUCUAUCAUCUUUCUCAUUUUCAUUAUCAUUUGGGUCAACAAAACCAAUACUCCUUCAGUGCCCCAAGAAACAGCUGUUCAGACUUUGACUAGUAAUUGUAAUCCAAAUAUUUCAGUACUAAAUGGUCCGGAAGAUUCAAUCUUGAAGUUGAAUGCUACACCCUCCAUUCAACCUGAUGAAAAUGCUUCCGACUUUUCUGGGAUUAAUUCAAUUAUUAGUAGUGGGUUACAGACGAAGGAGAACCAAUCCCAAGUGGCACAACAUGAUGAAGAAGACAGAGGUGGUGGCACCGGUGAGUUAGAUGGUAACUUCACAGCAGUAGCACAAAGUGCACCUGCAAUCUUAUUUGACAAGAUUGAGAUAAAGACUGAAGAGCAAAAUGCUCCAUUUUUGAACAAGGCCGAAGAGCAAAAUGCUGCGUUGAGUAAAAACAUCGAAGGGAAAAGUAGAAAGAGGAGGGGAAAGAAGAAGACCAGAGCAACUUCAUUUGAAAAUACUCAAACUUCAAGUAGCAGGUUUGUUGAAGAAAAGAGAAUAAUAAAAGGAGGAUGUGAUUUUACAAGAGGGAGGUGGGUCUAUGAUAAGAGCUAUCCGUUGUACACAGAUGGUUCUUGUCCCUUCAUAGAAAAGAGUUUUAAUUGUCGAGGUAAUGGAAGAUUAGACGAAAAAUUCAUGAAGUGGAGGUGGCAACCAGAAGAUUGUGACAUUCCAAGGUUCGAUGCAACAAAAAUGCUGGAAUUGAUGAGAGGGAAAAGGCUAGUUUUUGUGGGAGAUUCACUCAAUAGGAAUCAAUGGGAAUCCAUGUUGUGCAUGCUAAUGGGAGCUAAAAGAGGGCGCAGAAUCACCCAAGGGAAGGGCAAGUAUAAUUACAACUUCGUGGACUACAAGUGUACAGUUGAAUUUUAUACGUCCCCUUUCUUGGUUCAUCAAGGUAUGGCACGAGCAGGGAAGAAGCAGGUGAAAACCUUGCAAAUUGAUUCGAUGGAUCGCGCUUCUUCUAAAUGGACAGGAGCUGAUAUUUUGGUAUUCAACACAGCACAUUGGUGGAACGAUCACAAGACGAAUGCUGGGAUUAAUUUCUUCCAGGAAAGGGGCCAAAUUCAUCCACAUCUUGAUGUUUCCACAGCUCUCAGAAAAGCUUUGAUGACCUGGGCAUCAUGGGUCGAUAAUCACGUCAAUCCAAGCAAAACCCAAGUUUUCUUUCGAAGUUCAUCGCCGACGCAUUUCAGGGGAGGCCAAUGGAAUACAGGCGGGAGUUGUGCGGAAGCCAAUGAACCCCUCAUCCAACCUUCAGGAAUUCCAGAGGAGAAAGAUAUAAUUGCAGAGGAGGUGAUAAAGCAGAUGAAAACGCCUGUGACUUUGUUGAACAUAACAAGCUUGUCAGAAUAUAGAAUAGAUGGCCAUCCAUCUAUAUACGGGAAUCAACGCUCUUCGGGCAUACAAGAUUGCAGUCAUUGGUGUCUUCCUGGCAUUCCUGAUGUCUGGAAUGAAUUAUUAUAUCUUCAUUUGCAGUAACUGACACAGUGAACAGCAUUCUGUUUAUCAAAUUCUCUCCAUGAUUUUCACCUCAUUUUAAAAUAAAUGUUUUGAGGGCGCAGAGCUGAAAGAGUCCUGUAUGCCCCGUUUUAAUUUGUUGAACCUCAAGUUUACUUGCAGCAUUUAUCUGGAGAGGUUUCUGUCAUGAACUCAAAAUUACUUUACAGCAGUAGGAUUUUCAUGGAC